GGGUUAUAAUUGGACUAUAUUCAUAUCAUAGACUGUGCGUGGGCCACGUAGGCCCAAACUAGCUCAUUUAAUUUAGUAAGGUCUCUAACAACGUCAGUUUCGAAUUCGGUAUUCCAUUUGUUCACCAAGUGGGGACCACCCCUCCAUCACUCGAGAGACCUGGCCGCUCCAUUGGCGGUCAAAUCGACGGUCAGAUAGCUACUGACGGUGGACCGGAGUCACGAGCGAACUUCAUCCGACGGCGGGUAUCAAUCCGGCAAGCAAAGCGCACAAAUUAAACCGAUGGGUUCGUGGCCUCUGGGUUUUCCAUUUUAAUCCCUCCACGUCCCUCGCCGCUUCUUCUUCUUCUUCGAUUCGAGCCCUCUCCGGCCUGGUGGUGGAGAAGAAGAGCUAGGGAUUCUCGCGUGGAGAUCGGAGAAGGAAAUAGGAGGCGGCGAUGGAGGAGGCGGAGGAGAAGCGGAAGGAGGCGGAGGAGACUCUCUACAAGACCAAGGUGGUCCACUUCCUCGGCCGCGAGACCCCGAUUGUGCUCCAGAACGACAACGGUCCUUGCCCUCUUCUUGCGAUAUGCAAUGUUUUUCUGCUGAGGAAUAAUAUCAGUUUGAGCUUGGACGCAUCGGAGGUCUCGCUGCAGAAACUGCUUUCUCUUGUCGCGGAAAGGUUGAUCGAUUCCAACAGUAACGUGCAGGACAAGAAUGAUGAAUACGUCAAUAAUCAGCAACAGAACAUAUCUGACGCAAUUGAUCUUCUGCCACGGCUCGCUACAGGGAUUGAUGUAAAUCUGCAUUUCAGGAAGAUUGACGAUUUUGAGUUUACACGUGAAUGCGCCAUAUUUGAUCUCGUUGAUAUUGGUCUGUACCAUGGUUGGAUUGUAGAUCCCCAGGAUGUUUACACUGCAGCAGCAAUUGGAUCAAAGUCUUAUAACACUCUCGUCGCUGAGCUUGUUGCUUUUGAAGCAAGGAAAUGUGAAGCAGAUAAUAAGGGCAAAGAGGAAGGAGAUUGUGUUGAUUUUGUUGUUUCAACUACUGCUACCUUAGGAGUUCCAUCACCAAGCCUUUCAAGAGGUAAAUCAUUUGAUGACCAUUGGGUUUCAAAUCCUGUUGAGCAACCAGGGAGUAAUGGUAAUAUCCAAGAAGAAGAGGAGCUCAUGAAAGCCUUAAAUCUCCCAAGGGCUGAAGUUUCAGAACCUUCCAGUGCUUCCAUGCUUGGUUUAGAUGGAAAGGUUGAUAUUCAAAUAUCUACUUCUCAAGCUCAUGCUGAUACUUUAGGGAUACAAGCUACUGAUGCACCUCACACCAUUCAGCAACCGAGAGGUAAAGAUGAUAUCCAAGAAGAAGAGAAGCUGAUGAAGGCCUUAAAUCUCUCAACGGUUGAAGUUUCAGAACUUUCUAGUGUUUCUCUGUCUGGUUUAAAUGGAAAGGAACAUAUUCAGAUACCUAUGUCUGAAACUUGUGUUGAUUCUUCAGUGGUGGAAGCUACAGCUGUACAUCAUGAAACCAACCAGUCAGUAUCUCAAGGCUGCAAUGAAUCUCUCAGUUUGAAGGGAAAUAUGUCUUCAGAAGAUGGUCCUUUGCUUUCCAAUGAAACUACUGAGAUUCAUAGUGGUUCUUUGCUUUUCAAUGAAGCUACCGAGAUUCAUAGGAAGGAGGAAGCCCCUGAAGGACCUCUCGUUAAUGAAAGAUAUAGCAAAUCAGAGGAAAUUGGUACUGCAAUGCCUGACCAGGCUCCGAAUGUAGAAUCUUCUAGUCUAGGUAGCUCAGACAGGUGCUGCAGUUACCAGGACCUGGUUAAUGUUUCAGUAAAUGAUCCUGGUAGCUUGAGCACAGAUGCAGAGAGUAGUUUGCAAUCCUCAAAUGGGAAGGAACUUUCAGAAUUUUCUGCGAUUGCCGCUUCAAGUGUCCAGGAGCAUGAACCUAUAUAUGAAGGAGAAGAAACCAUUUUUGAAUCAGGAAUUUUGUCAUAUGCAAAUAGGGAGCCAGUCUAUGAAGGUGAGAUAGUACUUGCUGAGCAGGCUGAGAAAAAAGAAGACUGCCACACUGUAAACAUAAGGGAUGUUGUUGAUCAUAAACAGUGGCAACUCAUAAAGAAUUUUCUAGAACACAAUGCCAGUCAAUUGACAAUUUACGGACUGUUUUGCUUGCAAGAAGAUCUUAAGGAGAGAGAACUCUGUGUAUUCUUCAGAAAUAAUCAUUUUAGCACUAUGUUUAAGUUUAAUGGCGAAUUGUAUCUCUUGGCUACUGACCAAGGUUAUAUGAACCAGCCAGAUUUGGUUUGGGAAAAGUUAAAUGAGGUCAAUGGGGACACUGUUUUCAUGACCGGCCACUUUACAGAAUUUAAGGCUGACAAUCAAGUCCACGACUCGUGGAAUGAACAAAGUGCUGUGACUAGUACAGCUGAUUAUCUGGCAGAGCUUGAGAGCUCAGAUCCCUCUAGUUCAGCUUUUAGUUCUGAUUUGCAACUGGCGAUAGCUCUUCAACAACAAGAGUUUGAGCAGCAGCCACAACAACAGCAACAUCCUCAACAGCAGCAACAGCCGCAACAACCACAUUCUCAACCAUCAUCUGGUACUGGCCGUUCAAAGCUUUCCAGUGGGCCUUCGGCGUCCAGGAACUCCGGUGCGCUUCAAAGGAGCGAGUCAAAAACGAAAGAGAAAUGCUGCAUCAUGUGAAGUUUGCAAUACAGUCAUGUUCACUUUUCUCAGUUUUGGUGUAGAUAACAUGAAGAGAAUACUUCUGCAAUAAAUUGCAAAUUUUGUGUUUGACUAGCAA